CCGCCCCCAGGAUUGUCAACAUCUCUGUGCAGUCCGAAGAGGACCACUCCUUCCACGCGAAAUGCACCGCCGAAGGGGAGCCGCUGCCCACCUUGACAUGGACGGGCCCGCUGUCCACUAACGUUACCUCCGUCUCGAGUGGGAGCUACCUGGUCACCAAAGAGCUCCGGCACCUGACGCACGACGGCAGAUACACCUGCGCGGCGGUGAACAGCCUGGGGAGGGCAGAGGGGACCGUGUACUUUUACAAGUACAGAGCCGGAGGUGGAUCCUGGGUCCUGGUCCUCUUGUUCGUCUCCCUGGGAAUUAAAGCACUGGCCUUGCUGCUGAUAUUAGGGGUCGGUGCUUUCUGGAAAGGGG